AUGACUCAACUGCAGAGCCAAGUUGAACAGCUGGAGAGUCAGCUGCUCACUUGGACUAUUAGCCCACCUCCGGAAUCACCGCCAAAUAUUGAAUUUUCCUAUGCACAACUGUUGCAUCAGUUCAUUCUCGAUUCGGAAAAUACAAAGCAUGCAAAAUCGGAUAUGGUCAAUUAUUGUAAAGAGCAAUACACUGGCAACGCGGUACAAUUAAAAUUGAUUGACGAAUUCGAUCGAAGCUUUGAUUCAGCGAAGGCUGUUUGGUGGCUUACUCGAAAAACAUGUUUCCUCUCGAGAAUGACUAAUCGAGGACUACGCUCACCAGAGCCAGAUAUUCAAUAUCAAUUGCGCUUCUUUGUUCAACAAAUCCAUCAACAGUUGCUGUCAGAGCCAAAUCCUUUAUCCGUCAAUGGCACAUUCUUCUACCGACGGCAUCUAAUGUCGCCCAAAGAGCUCGAAAAGUUAGCAGCGAGCCAUGAAAGUCUUCUAUGCUUCUCCAAUUUCCUUCUCACCACAACUGAUCCGAGCACUAUGGGUCGUUUGACAAAAUCGAACAAUAAUACUUCUACAGUACCAGUCCUUUUUAGAAUAGCAGUCCAUUCCAAAACGAAAUUCAAUGCCUUCGCGAAUAUCGAUCAGCUGUGCCAUUCACCAUCAGGGAGCAACGCAAUACUGUUCUCCAUGAAUGUUGUCUUCCGCGUAAACUCGGUGAAAAGUUAUGCUAAAAAUGUGCACACUGUCGAUUUGAGUAUUGUUGUGGAAGAUGAUAAACAUUUAUGUGCAGCCAUACAUUUUCUCGAUCGCCAGGUUAUUGACGGACCACCAUUGGUACGUCUUACGGAUCUAAUGGACGAAACUGAAGAAUAUUUUCGAGCCGAUCAAUUCGCUGAUAUAAUUAUAAAAGUGCCAAUAAUGAUUUGGCGCUGA